AUGCCACUCAAGCGCAAGAUUGUUACAGUAUCGUUUCUCUCUCUCGGUCUCGUCGUAAUAGCAAUCGGCGCCGUGCGAUUCGUUUGGCUCAUCGACGCUUUCAAAGGCAAAACGAAAAGCUACAGUGUCAAAGCGUCCUACUCUGCAAUCGAGUCUAGUGUCGCUAUCAUUGGAACCUCGGGGCCAACUAUCAAAUACAUACUGUCACGCUUCAUACCCUGGCUCCGUCCUUCAUUUGAGCGCUCAAACGCGAACAAGAACUCAUACGACGCCUAUGGGAACCACUCAAAUGUUGCUGCUAGGCGAGCGAGGUCACACUACGGGACGAAAAGUGGAUAUGAUGAUUUGGAUAUGGUGAGCGUUCACCAUGAACAGUUCGAGAUGAAGAGCGGUUGGCAAAAGAAGAAGGGGCAGGAUGACGACGCAAGAAGCGAUGAGCAGCGCAUCACAGGCGAAGGUCACGGCAUCAACAAGACAGUGGAAUGGAUGGUAGACACGAAAGAGCGCUCGCAUAUUAGCAAAACAGUCUCGGAUUAUCCAAAUGUCGCUAACGACAAGCCUGCGACAAGUCCCGCACAGAUCAUUUAG